AUGGCACAGAUCUUUUCACGAUCUCCGAAAUUCUCCAAUGGCGCCGACCUCAGCGCAGAUACUCGCAUCAGAAAUCUCCGAGAAGCCGCUUUUAUAUGCGAGUUUCGAUGCCGACUAGGCAAUCCGCGCAUGAGUGAUCCCAGUGCAGUCCCAGACUUUGUCACACUCGGCACACCAGCCAGGCGCGCUUCAGAAAACUCUAUGCGGAGUGCUUUGUGGAACAAAAACUCGACGAUCCCUGGCUCUUCGAAUCCAAGGUUGAUCUGCGACUUUGUCAGGUGGGAGUUUGCCAAGCUGCCCCGUGACGUCCAGGAUCGCAUCAAGAACCUGGGCAACACAGCGUUUAGUAUCGAGCAGCUCAUCUUUGACUUCUCAAAUGCCUCGUUGUCGGACCGACCCCAGUGGGUCAAUCCGGAUACUACUCUGGGAAAGAUGCUGAUGGGAGGGCCUUUCGGUGGUCGUCGUAUUAAAGAGGGCAAGCCGGAGGAUCUGAAGCGAUAUCCCGAGGGUGACACUAUUUUCGAGAUGUCCCGGUGGAAGCCACGAACAGAUUCAUCCCUAGCGGGGUGGGACACUGCAAAGGUCCAGUUUAAGGACAGCUCUAUCAUCAUCACCCAGCAUAUCGAAUUCUAUGUCUAUAUCCGAUUCAAGUACAACAGUGAAGAGGCGGAUGUCCUUCGAAAGACCAUCACAGACACGUACUCGCUUGUUGUCGAUACACAUGGCAAGCUUCAGGUCGCGCACGAUCCCAAGGAAGACGACACUUCGGAACAGGUGUCAAUAAAUCUUUGGACGAAAAUAUGGCCGGAGUGUAAGAAUAAACUGCAUGAAGUCAGACGUCAGGCAGAUUUGGAAAGUAUCAAAUUCCACAGCAUCCCCGUAACGGUGCUUGACUAG